UUCAAGGCGAGGAAUGAGAAAGAUUUGUGCAGAGAAAUUAUUACUGCAUGUAUACGGGAUCUGAAGUUACAGUUGGCUAGUUUGUUUCUAUUGCAACUUAACCUGAGUAGGAAGACAGAUUAUGAAAUGGUAAGGCUUGUUAUCAUGGCUUUAUGUGCAAACAAAGCAGACUUUGCUGUUAAUUCAUACUGCCUUGUACAAGUAAUGAAUCAAGUUAAGGUCGAAAAUGAAGAAAUUGCCAUGAUUUUGAAGUUUCUAACUUCAGAUGUUCAUGGAUAUUACUUUGGCAAUUACAUGUAUAAUAAGAUAACUAAUGAGGAAUUACAAAAGAUAAGUCAAACCCAAUUGAAUGAGAUAGCCACCCAGAUUAUUGAUGUCAAUUUAAAUAAUGGUGAUUGUGAAUCUGCAUUUGCUGGUUGGAGUAAGGUAGCUUCGCUUGUACAGCCUGAAAGAUGUAUGCAUUCACUUCUCAACUUACUACACAGCACAGAAACCACCGAGUUAAUACUUGAAGUGUUGACGAACCUACCACAAGAGGUAUUGGACACUGACCCCAUGGUUGACUUCCAGCUAGAAUUCUAUGGAACAAGAGACGAGUAUAUAUCCCAAUUUGACUCGCUAAUCCCUAAACUAACACAUCCACUUCGACGGCUGACAUUAACCCUGUUCCUUAAAGUAUUCUUGCAUCGUAACGACGAACCAAAGACCGAUAAAGUUAUAGACAAUAUCUUCAACCAUCAAACCGGCAUUCAACCAAAAGAGUUGAAUUGGAUUAUCAAAAAGUUACUUUGUCACGAUAAACAUACUGAAGCAUUAGCCAUGGUACGCAAGAUUAAUAAUGUGAAUGUUACUGCGUUGUCAUAUGUUUCCAUAUUCAAGUACAUUGCCAAUAAGUAUGAUUCAGACCAUGAACUGAAGUUUCAACCUGCAUUUGAAGAAAUUUGUAUGAAGAUGUUACGAAGUAAUGAUAGAAGUGUGCACGAGAAGUUCACGGUGGAAGUGUUUAACCAUCUAGCCGAACUCGACAUUCGAUAUGCAAUUCAGAGCUACAUGAAGGUGAGAAAGUCACAGAAACCAAUUCGGUUCAAUCACUUUGGAAUGCCACUCCAGUUUAACCAGAUAUUGAAAUUCUCCCAGAAAAACACUGCACAAAUACUACAAACCUUGUCCAUUGAAGCUGUAAAACACGAGGACAGUGAAAGUUUCCAAUGGGCAAUAUCCGAAUAUAGAAGGAACGGAUGGACUAUAGAACGUAUAGUCAAGAUGUUGAAACAACAUGAUAAGCACAGCUUUCUUGAACGCCAGUUCAAACCAGAGGUAUUAAACUGUAUAUAGACUAGCAUAUUUAUUAAUACUAUUUACAAGAUCCACACAUUGUCUACUUCUUUCUGUCAGCCUUUUUAUCGUAAAGUUUACCAUGAGUGAUAAUUUCGGCACCUUCACCCAUGAAUUCCAAGAACUCUCUUUCUCUUUCGGCGGCCAAUUUUCUGGCUUGUUCUCUUUCUUCUUCUGUUUGCAAGUCGCUCUUCGUGGUGUUUGUUUCUUCGGAACCCGCGCCUCUAUCGUAAUCACCAUAUUUAGUUCUGAACUUGGAUACCUUACCGGUAUGACUUUGAUCGACAAUCAAAUCUGAUCGGGUAGGGUUCCAUAAUGACGAGUUUCUUUGGUCGGCGAGCAUUCUGAUUUCAUCCUUAGGAGCCUGUGAACGACGUCUUAUAACACUUCCGUCACUUAAUUCCACCAAGGUAUCGAACUGGUAAAAAAUUGCUGGACGAGCUUUACCCAUACGGAUCUUUCUCAUUACACGACGACUCAGAAGCUGCACUUCUCUUCCUGUGGUUUCCGGGGCCUUGCCGGCAUAGUGCCUAACUGACAUGUGCUGAACACAUGGAUUGACUAUUUGUCUAAACAUGUUCCGUCUUCUUUACU